CCAACAAAAAAGAUUAGUUAAAAUGGAUACCAAAGUAGCUAAAAAGUCUUGGGAGCUCUCUAAUAAUGUUGAAAGUGUAUCUAGUGUAGACGAUAUUUAUCGUUAUGAUUCCAAACAACAGCAAGAUAUUCUAACAGCUAAACCAUGGGAAAAAGAGUAAGUUCUUUGUGACAAUAUUUAUUAUUUAUGGAUAUUUAACCCAUUUGAUACGAGCCAAUUUUUAAUUUUAGACUUUCGGUGCCAAGACAUGACAUAAUCAUUCUUGAUAAGACUGAUCCCUUUUAAGUUCACAAGUUCAUCCUUUAGCCUUUAGUUUGCAGAAAAAAUAUAUAUUAAAAAGAAAGUAAUGACUUAACAAAUAUAACAAUUGCGGUAAAUUUACGUAAUCUGAGCCACUUAUUUCCCACAGCCGCCAUCUUAGUUGCCAUGACCCAUGGCGGGCCAUUAAAAUAAUCACACUUCUGAAAGCCCAUGAUAAUACCUUGAAAGAGCCUUGCAGUUGAUCACUCACAUUUUGUAAACACUAAAAGUACCAUAAAUGACGUCAUGGCUGAUCAAGUCAAAUUAGGCCAGAUGCAUUUUUACCUGGUUCUUUCAAGAAUAUUGGCAUUAUAGAAUAGCAGCUAGAAAAUCUGAGGAAACUGGGUAUAAUCAAUUUAUGAUGUUCCUCCUACCUAUCAAUCAAGUACGGUAGCAAUGACUUAAAGUCUCUCUCAGUCCCUUUAGACAACCGCUUGUCGUCCAGUAUACUGCAGGAAAGAAGAGUGGAAGAAAAUAAUAACAACCACCCCAAAAAUUGGAAGGUUUGGCUUUGUCUGCAUUGCUAUUCCCAGCAUUGAUAAAUGGUCAGGAUACCUUGGCAGAGCCAUGGCAUGGACCCCGUAACCCCUGCAGUUGGAGGGGGCCUCCGACAUUUAACUUGCCCAAAUUUUUUAUUUGGAAAACAAGUAUCAGUUUGAAUGCAUGGAGCAUAAAACUGAUAAGUCACAAUUGGCCUCCAAAAGUCAAGUAUCGGCUCUGGUACUUUAGUAGUGAUACUCAGUUGGAAGUGGAGUGUUAGGACUUUUGGACUCAUUAUUUCCUGAUGUGGAAGGAGUCAUGGUUUAAAUUUAAAACUAAAUACCAAAGAUAAUGAUAUAGGUGGCAAUGCACUACACAGUUUUGGGGUGUAAACCUUUAAGUUUAAGGUUUCUUUUUAUGGAAAAUUUAUUCCACUUAUGAAUAGAGGGUUCAAGGUGUGGAAAUUAUUAGGGAUUGUUCCUUAAUAGCUUAAGAUUAAAAAAGCUUAGGAUAAAAAUAUAUGGGCCUAUAUCAGGGGUUUCCAAACGCCGUCCAUCAGGCCAGCUCUCAUAAAAUGACCUCAAGGCUAGAUGGAGAUAAAAAAAACAAGAAAACUAUUGAUUUUUACUUAUUUCCUCUUCCUAAAAAUCAAUACCUGAUAUUGGCAUUUCUUUUUUAUUUAUUAUUCUGCAGUCCACAUUACUUCAAGCACAUCAAAAUAUCUGCACUGGCAUUGCUAAAAAUGGUCAUGCAUGCACGAUCUGGUGGAAAUCUAGAGGUGAUGGGUCUCCUUCUUGGAAAAGUUGAUGGUAACACAAUGAUUGUGAUGGAUGGUGUGGCUUUGCCAGUGGAAGGAACUGAAACAAGGGUCAAUGCCCAAGCUCAGGCAUAUGAAUACAUGGCUGCCUACACUGAAGCUGCAAAACAAGUACUAUUUGGGAGUCAAAUUUUUUAUUUUUUUACAAAUCACUUAUUACAAUUAAUCUUCUGCUUUUUAGCUAAAUGUUUUUUGUUUUUCACAAGUGGAAACUGACUAGACUGUUUUCUUGUUAUUAGGUGAAAAGACUUGAAAAUGCAAUAGGCUGGUACCAUAGUCAUCCAGGAUACGGAUGCUGGUUGUCUGGCAUAGAUGUUUCCACACAGAUGCUAAACCAGCAGUUUCAAGAACCUUUUGUAGCAAUUGUGGUAACAAUUCUUGAGAAAAAAAAUCAGAUAGUUUCAAUGUUGGAAACCUCAAAUACAUUUGGUGUUAAUGUCAUAUAAAUAUACAUUGGUAGUUCCCUAAAAUCGUGACAGAAAUUUUUCAUUUAUUUCCUAAAUAAAAAAUCAUACGAUUAAGCCCAUAUUACCAUUUAGUCUUAAUGCACAUUUUAAAUUUGUAUCAGUUUUAAGGUUCCUUUGCUUUACCUUUAUAAACGUUUUUUUUAAAAUGUAGUUAUCUAACAUCUUCCUACCUAAGGUAUACUCCAAGUCAAUUUAAUUAACUAAAAUACAGUGUAGGAUUUUUUAACCCUUGUAGAUGUUAUUUAAGGACUCUGCAAGAAUAUUGUCUUGUUGUUAGUUCAAUUUGUAUUUCUUGUUUCUUUUUUUAAAUUCAGAUUGAUCCAGUCCGUACAAUCUCAGCUGGAAAAGUCAACAUUGGUGCUUUCAGAACAUAUCCAAAGGUAUUCAAAUGCAUGAUGAUUUUUUUAAGCCUUUAAUAAUCUCAUAAUUCAUGAGAAACUGAUUUCAUUCAUGAGUACAGAUUUUCUCAAUGGAGCUGUUCAUAAAGGAUGUUCGCAUAAAAAUUACACAUUCUCCCUCCCAACCCCCCCCCCCCCCUUUUUUCACCCUCAAUAAGUCUUCAAAUAUAAAUUAUCCUAUUAAAGUCAACCAAAGCUUAGAACUGCAUGAAGCGAGUAGAUAUUGAACUGCGACCCACCAAGAAUCGAGGCCUGGGACCCACCUUCAGAAUGGGACUCGGACCAGGAGCUCUGCAGACAAAUUUUGCAGCCGCCUGAUAGCCUAGCUCACAAUGUCUCAUGUAAUCUGGCAAUGGUGUGUAAAAAUUGGCCGGGAAACCCACUUGGCAGGGCAACCAGAUUUAGAGGGAAAAAAUUUAGAGUCCAAACUCACCUUGUUUACUUUUGUUGAUUAAUGACAACCAAAUAUAUAGAGUGAUCUCCCUCAUUAAGUUUUUACUAACUAGUUGGUGUUUUAAGAUUACAAUUUAUUUCGCAAGUAGAUCAUCCAUAGAAGAUGCAAACUUGCCAACCCUUCCCAUUUUGUCAGAUUUAUACAGAUUUUUUACCCCUCAUUCCGACAAAGCCUUUAAAAUUCAGAUUUUCCGAACAUUAUAAUUUUUCCCUCAUUAAAAACAUGCAAGUGACAUAAAAAAAAAUUGGGUACGACAGGAAGUGGUGCAAAUUUGAUGAUGCCAUUUCCUUUGUUUUUACAAAGUGUCUACAUGUCCGGUGACCGAACGAAUAUCUUGAAAACUUAUUAUAAAUUUGACCAAGUCACAUGACCCCCAUACCAAAUUUGCACGAGAUAUUUGUCCGUCAGCCUUGUCACGUGACCACUAAUAGUCGAUCAGAGUUCACAGUACUUCAUAACAACAAAUUUAAGAUAUUCUGGACAUUUUGUAAAAAAGAAAUAUGUUCUGUUCUACAAAAGAAACACUAGAACCAUUGCUGGUAUAUAUAAUGAACAGAUGGUAAAAAGGGACAUGUUAAAUAAAGCGUGACAUGCCCGCCAAAUGAAUAUCUCAUGCUCUAUUUGUCCGGUUGCCAAACGUGUAGACACUGCCUUGUUUUUUGUUUUUAAUGAAGCAAACCGGGAUCUCCAAAUCAUUCUUCAAUCAUCAAUUGAUCUGAUAGUGAUUCAUCCUUUUACUAGGCUCAAAAAUAAUUCAGUUGUAUUGUGCCUUAUUUUUUUUGGUUAAAACUUUGCUUAAUUAAAUGGAUAAAUCUAUUGAAAGUGGUUGGUACAAUGAUAUUAUUAAACAUAUUUGGACGAUUCAGUUAUCAGAUCGGAAUUUUUAUUCACCAUCUUUCUUAUUGAAGGAAAUAUUUCGCCGGCAUCCCCCCCCCCCUUUUACAGAUUUUGUUCUUGGCAGCUGAAGAUGUCAACAAAUUAAAUGUCUUAAACAACCUGGAAUACAAGCAGCAUAUAAUAAAAGAUGCUAGCGUGUGGACAUCCAAAUUGAUAAAUUUAUUGAAAGUGGUUUGUACAAUUAUAUUAUUAAACAUAUUUUGACGAUUCAGUUAUCAGAUCGGAAUUUUUUUUCACCAUCUUUCUUAUUGAAGGAAAUAUUUCGCCGGCAUCCCCCCCCCCCCUUUUACAGAUUUUGUUCUUGGCAGCUGAAGAUGUCAACAAAUUAAAUGUCUUAAACAACCUGGAAUACAAGCAGCAUAUAAUAAAAGAUGCUAGCGUGUGGACAUCCACAGGAUUCUUUACACCCCUUGUCCUCUUUUUGAAUGACCUUCACCCCUUUUGCUGGAUGUCCUUUAUGAAUGACCCCAAUGGAAUAUUCAUUGUUUUCAUCCUCUUAGUUUUCAUUAUGUGAACUGAUACUCAAGACUGAUAUACUGUUAUAUCAGUCUGGUUAUUAGAAACAUUUUAAGAUGUUUGUAUAAAAGUACACUUGCACUAGUCUUAUAUACAGGGAUACAAACCACCAGAUGAGCACCCUUCCGAGUAUCAGUCCAUUCCACUCAAUAAGAUUGAAGAUUUUGGAGUUCACUGCAAGGCGUAAGUUGGUGUUAUUACCUUUUAUAUAUACUAUGGAUCUAGUUAAUUCAGCUUUGUACAAAUAUUUUUACUGAAUAUUUGAUAUUGUCGCAAUUAUUUAUUACUCUAAAAAAAUAAUAAUUAGUUUACUUGGACUGUUAAAAUUGUUGAAAAUAUUUUUGUAUUUAAAUGCCAUGGAAACCAAUCCAUUUGGCAACAAGUUUGUUGAUUUAAAAUAUAUUAAUUUAAUAUGAAUUUCAUGGCGAAUUUUUAGAAAUCUUAGAUUAUAAGUAUAUGCUAUUUUAGUUUUAUAUUUCACUUUUAUUUAGCACAAGCUAUUUCUAGUCAUUGCAUUAGAGCAACUUAAGUGAAAAACAAAUCAUGCCAACGCUUACUUUAAUAUGUCAUGCUAAUCAAUUACCAGUUACUAUCCCUUGGAAAUGUCAUACUUCAAGUCUUCAAUGGACAGGCGCCUUCUGGAAUCUUUGUGGAAUAAAUAUUGGGUCAAUACUCUGAGUUCAUCCAGUCUUCUAACUGUACGUAGUGUGUACUUAUUUUAGGGACUGUGUCUAUCUCAAGGGGGGCGUCUGUAUAUUAGAUUUUCUCUUAACAAUGUGUAUGUGUACAAAGUUAAGAGUCAAAGAAUCUUAAAACGUUGCUGUCAUUGUUGUGACCAAUGUGUCCCCACAGUCUUCUGUUUGUUUACUUUACUAAUGAAGUCAGUCUUGUGUAAUUUUGCACCAAUUGAAUAAAUCUUCUUUGAUUCUCAAUUUAAAAAAAGAAGAUUAAAUUUCUUUUGGUGAAUUUCAAUAUUGGCCAAAUUAGGGGUGAAAUUAAAGUAGCAGUUUGUUUAAUAAAACAAAACAGUGAUAAAUAAAAACAAGUUGGUUUUAUUUUAAUGAAAAUUUACUGGUGUGGGGGUAAAAAUUAUUUUUUAGUGUCACCGCUUUUGGUCCUAAAAUGUAAAAAAAAAUAAAUCAUUUUUUUUUCAGAAUGCUGAUUACACAACAGGCAUGGUCUUUGAUUUAUCUGACAAACUUGAGCAAUCCGAGUCCCAGUUGGGCCGUGGCGGUCUUAUAGGAACAGAUACACAGGACAAGAAGACAGAGGAUAAACUUACUAAAGCAACAAAGGAUGGGUAGGUUCAAGUGAAACAAUUGACUUGAAAUGCAUUUUUACAGAGUUUGGCACUAUAAUGGUUUCUUUCUCUAGAUAAUGCUACAACCACAUGAAGAAAUGUUCUUAACCAUUAAGAUUUUAAUCUUUCAUUUAUCCGCAGUUGUAAGACUACAAUGGAAGUACUGCAUGGUUUGAUGUCGCAAGUAAUCAAAGAUAGACUUUUCAAUCAAGUACACUGUAAGGCUAUAGACGAGGUUCAGCAAGCACAGCCAACAGCUCAGUAAAUUUUAGUGAUGCAUUUUAGGAAAUUUUCUUUAAGUGAAUAUAACAUGUAAAUAAUAUCCUCUGUCACGCAAGUAUUGGAAAUAUGUUUGCUUAAAGAAGGAGGUCAUGGGUUUUUUUUUCAAGAAUUGAAAGCAUUAUUAUAAUUAUGAAAAUAAGUUCUAAGCGCAACUAUCUAAAUAAAUUUCUUGAUACAGCCAGUGAUCGACUUACGACCAGGAUCGGUUCUGACAGACUGGUCGUAACAGGAUUUGGGCUUAAGUUGAGUACGCUAUGUGAACAGUAAUGUGAAGUAAUGUUAUAAAAAUAUUUAAGUUAAAUUAUAUCAUAAUUUCUUUUAUUAUUGUUAUAAAUCAUAAUUUGAGAUGGGAGUUCAAAUUUUAAAACUCUGAAGAGCUCUCUAAUCAAUAAGCUUUAGCGGCGCUUGGGGAAGUCAAUGGACCUAGGUUUAUUGAUGACACCGGCUAGCAGCAUAGCAUCAUCAUGGCAUUAUGCCUCCCUUUCCUUAGUUAGCGACCGCUGAUGAUUGCAGACGACGCCGUUCGACUGAUAAGUGAGGCAGAAAUAAAUUUGAAAUCUAAUAUGGCUAGUGAUUGUGGUCGUAAAGUCGAUUGGUCGUAAGUUGCUUAGGUCGUUGUUGAGCACUGGCAGUAUAGUGUUUUUCGACAUGGUCUUGCUUGUAGCAGAAAGGGAAAUAUUUUUAUUGAAUACUGAAUUUCCUUUGUCAUUUAUUUUUAUAGUAAGAAGUGCAAUCAUGGUUAAUGUAAAAUAGAUACUGUAUUUUGUGAAUAAUUAAUCUCAAAAUCAGUGUUUGCACAUUAAAAUAUCUCCAUCACAAUUUAAGAUACUUUUUUUUUAAAUAUCUUCAGUUAGUUUUGUAAUGACCAAUAAAAUAAUAAUUUGUGUUUGUUGGAAGUUGUUUAAAUAUUUAUGAUUUUUCAGUUUAAAGUAUUUUAUGAGUCAUGUUUGUUAAAAGCAAGUUAACCAUUGAAGUUUUACCAUUUACUUUGUUGGAAGUAGUUUAAAUAUUUAUUAUUUGUCAGUUCAAAGUAUUUCCUGAGUCAUAUUUUGUUAAACGAAGUUAACCAUUCAUUGAAGUUUUUCCUUUUUUUUCCUGGUAAGGAAGUAUCUUGUCUUGAAAUGUUUUAGAGGUUUUCUACUUGAUGAUUUACCCACAAGACUAUACCAUCAUAAAGCAGAAUUAAAUCUCUAAUUGC